UGCGCAAUCCUAUGUUGUGAUUUUAACAGUCGCGAGCAACAUGUCUGCCUCCAUGGUGCGAGCGACCGUUCGAGCGGUCAGCAAAAGAAAGAUACUGGCCACAAAAGCGGCGUUGACACUGACUCCAGCAGCAGUGAGCAAGAUCAGAUUGUUGUUGCAGGACAGACCAGAAUAUAUUGGUUUGAAGGUUGGCGUGAGAACACGUGGGUGUAAUGGGCUGACUUACACACUGGAUUACACCAAGAAGAAAGAAAAGUCUGAUGAGGAAGUAGUACAGGAUGGUGUAAGAGUGUUUAUAGAGAAGAAGGCCCAGCUGACCCUUCUGGGAACUGAGAUGGACUUUGUGGAGUCAAAGCUGUCUAGUGAAUUUGUCUUCAACAAUCCUAACAUCAAGGGCACAUGUGGUUGUGGAGAAAGCUUCAACAUGUGAGCACCAUGGAGCCUCAGUCCCCCUUCCCUGCUCCAGACCCUGUCUCACUGAUAAAGACUGACAAGGCAGUCUGAUGUAAGGAAAUCUUUGAGAUGUGGGCAUCCUUGAGUUACUACCACUGCUCUUCCUGCAAACCACUCGCACAUAUGUAGUCAUGAAAUCCAUGUAUGCAUAUUGAUGCUUAGAAGAUUUUAAUGCAAUUGAUGUAGUCAGAACCAUCUUGACAAAAAUGAUUUUUAGGUUCAGAUACCUCUGAUGUAGACAACUGUUUAUACUCGGCUCUGCAUCUUAAAAAAAAUCUCUUAGGACCUCAAAAGAAAUGACUUUUUAGGUUAAAGCUGUGUUAUUCACACUGUUUUCAUAAAUUCAGUCAGGUCUUGCCAUGGCUUGUGUGAGGAGAAAAUGAUCCAUGUCCUGAGAACAUGUUCACUAAAGCUGAGAUCAGAUGGGAUUUGCACUGUUAAACAAAAGGAUGAAGCAUGAUGUUUCAACGUUUGAAUCUGUCCUCCAAAACUUGCAGAAAGCCAACAAUCAGCUGUUUGACAAACACACCUUUAAGGUGUGCUAUUAUCCAGGGUCAUGUACCAGUAGUAUGCAGAAGUGGAAGAGCUUGAGUGUCUUGAAACUGUUUUAUCAGUUUGUAAAAGCUUUUUGAAAAGUAUAUAUUUAUCUCUGUGUGUAAAUAACUAAGAUUGUAAAUCCCUUGAACAACAACAACAUACGCACAAAAAAAACCAACGCACAAAAUAUGCAUCCCUCAAGUGAAACAUGAGGUUUCUGUUUUUUCUUUUUGCUUGAUGAAAGCCAGGAUUUUGUUUGUAUAGAUGCUCUUAAGAUUCGUAACCUGUGCAAUAUGUCAGUGUAUAUAUGAAAGAAUAAAUAGAUCAC